AAUGAUUGAUCCAUUUUAUAGAUAGUAUUUCAGAAAUGAAAGCUUUAUUCAAUCUCAAUAAUGAUUCAUGAACACUUUCAUCUUCUUCUUCUGGUCAUUUGCUCAUGCUCAUGGGCAGCUUCUGCUUAUGGCGCCGACAAUGAUUUUCUUCACUGUCUCUCUCAACAAUCCCAUAACUAUUCCUCUUUCUCCACAGUUGUUUACACCCAUGUAAACUCUUCCUACACUUCCGUCCUUCAAUUCUCCAUCCGAAACCUCAGAUUCGAGUCCGAAUCAACUCCUAAACCGCAGGUGAUCAUAACCCCGCGACACGAAUCCCAGAUCCCGCCUGUCAUAUACUGUGCUAGACAAAGUAGUUGGGAAAUCAGAACUCGAAGCGGCGGCCAUGACUUCGAGGGUUUGUCUUACGUAUCCCAACUCCCGUUCGUGAUCGUUGAUUUGAUCGGUCUCAGUGACAUCAAAGUCGAUGUUGAGGAGAAAACCGCAUGGGUCGAAGCGGGUGCAACCAUCGGAUCUUUAUACUACAGGAUCGCAGAAAAAAGUCCGGUUCUCGGAUUCCCUGCCGGCUUUUGCCCGACGGUUGGCGUUGGUGGCCACUUUAGCGGCGGGGGUUAUGGUACAAUGCUGAGAAAAUACGGAUUGGCAGCUGACAACGUCGUUGAUGCAAGAAUAGUCGAUGUGGAAGGCAGAAUUCUGGAUAGAAAAUCAAUGGGUGAAGAUUUGUUCUGGGCCAUCAGGGGCGGUGGAGGUGCCAGUUUUGGCGUGAUCACUGCCUGGAAGGUACAACUGGUGGACGUGCCAGAAAUAGUCACUGCUUUCACAGUGGUAAAGACACUGGAACAGAAUGCGACUCAACUAGUUCACCGCUGGCAAUAUGUGGCUUCAAAACUCGACCAAAAGUUGUAUAUCGGCGUCACCAUGAUUAUGGUUGACGCGACGUUCCAAGCGAUUUUUUGGUUGCAUUUCCUCGGCUCUGUCGAGGAAAUGCUUCCGAUGUUGCAAGAGAGUUUCCCUGAGCUGGGUGUGGUAAGAGAAGACUGCUCCGAGAUGAGCUGGAUCCAAUCUGUCGUGUAUUUCUCCUCGGCCCCGUUCAGGCCGUCUUCCCCGGAGCAGCCACCAGAAUUUUUACUCGACCGGACUUUGUUUGUUGCACCGAACGCGAAAGUGAAAUCCGACUAUGUGCAGAAACCCAUUCCUGAAAGCGGGCUCGAAGGCAUCGUGAGACUGCUCAACGAAGCGGGAGGAGAGGGAGCGAUGGUGUACACAAUUCCAUAUGGUGGAAGAAUGGCCGAAAUUUCUGGAUCCACCACUCCAUUCCCGCACAGGGCGGGAAUCUUGUACAAACUUGCUUGUAUAGUGAGCUGGCUGGGAGACGAGGCUCGGGAUUCGGACAUGUACAUGAGUUGGAGCAGGAGGUACUACAGGUACAUGGCUCCUUAUGUUUCGAGGAAUCCGAGGGAAGCGUACCUCAACUACAGAGAUCUCGACAUUGGAGUCAAUAACGUUGGAGGUAAGACAAGUUAUGCGGAGGCGAGCGUUUGGGGGAAGAAAUAUUUCAAGAGUAAUUUUGAUCGGCUUGUUCGGGUGAAGACGGUGGUUGAUCCACACGAUUUCUUUAGGAAUGAACAGAGCAUCCCGCCGUUACUUUCUAGAUACAAUAUUAAGAAAGGGACUAAGAUGCAUGCUUCAGAAACUGUAGAUGGUGAUGUUCUGAGCUUAAUAAUGUGAUGUUAUUUGUCAUUGGGGCAAUAAAUGGUUGUAUGUUUAUGUGUUA